AAAUAUGAAGUUAAAAGGUGAUUUUUAGUGUCAAGUCGUGGAUUAUAUGAUGGUGUCUAUUAAAUAGCUUUGAUCUAUUAUAUAUGUGUAAAAAAUAAAUUCCACAGUCGCCAUUAGUACUACCACAGCCUUCACCUACUAGAUUAAUACGAGCUGCUCUCUCUCUCUCUCUCUCUCUCUCUCUCUCUCUUCAACGUACCGAUCUCUCUCACACGAAACUCCAAAGUCGAGAUCUCAGAAUCCUAAUCUGUCAAAAAAAAUAAAGAUAUAUGCCAAAGGCAUCUCCUUCCUAGAAAACAUAAAACAGAAAACAUGAUUCUGGGAGCCUAGUACCUAGGAGCAACAAGGGUUCCAUGAACCGAACAGCAUAAGCCAGCAACAAGAGCAUUCACGGGGUAAGCUAGGGAAUGGAAGAGGCACUACUAUUGGCAAGGAGGGAAGAGAGGGUAACAUCAACAUGGGGUGCCUUAACGGAGGAGCUAAAGAGGGUGAGCUACAUGGCAGCACCGAUGGUGGUGGUUACAUUGUCUCAGUUUCUUCUGCAGGUUGUAUCGGUGAUGAUGGUCGGACAUCUCGGUCAACUCCAACUCGCCAGUGUCGCUAUUGCCAGCUCUUUUACUAACGUCACUGGCUUCAGUCUUCUUUUUGGGAUGGCUGGUGCUUUGGAAACUUUGUGUGGGCAAGCAUAUGGGGCAGAGCAGUACCAGAAGCUUGGGAUAUAUACUUACUGUUCAAUAUUCUGUCUUACUUUAGUUUGUCUGCCUGUCUCUGUCCUCUGGAUAUUCAUGGACAAACUAUUAACUCUGCUAGGCCAAGACGCUUCAAUCUCACUUGAAGCUGGAAAAUACUCAAUUUACAUCAUCCCUGCUCUAUUUGGGUAUGCUAUCCUCCAAUCAUUGGUCCGGUACUUCCAAUCUCAAGGCUUGAUCCUUCCAAUGCUCUUUAGCUCAUGUGCCACUCUAUGUUUCCAUGUUCCUCUUUGUUGGGCUUUGAUAUUCAAGUUUGAAUUAGGAAUAACUGGAGCAUCUUUAACUAUUGCCUUAUCAUAUUGGUUGAAUGCAAUCAUGCUCGGACUCUACAUAAAGUAUUCCUCAGCCUGUGAGAAAACCUGCGCCUCGUUUUCAAAGGAUGUUUUCCUAAGCAUGAGGGAGUUCUUUUGCCUUGCUAUCCCCUCUGCUGUGAUGGCUUGUCUUGAAUGGUGGUCAUUUGAGCUGCUUGUACUACUCUCUGGGCUUCUGCCAAAUCCGAGGCUUGAAACCUCUGUUCUUUCUAUAUGCCUCACGACGAUGUCGUUGCACUACUUCAUUCCAUAUGGCGCUGGUGCUGCUGCAAGUACUCGGAUUUCAAAUGAAUUAGGAGCUGGGAAUCCAUCCACGGCACGAUUGUCUGUAAAGGCUGUGAUGUUUCUAGCAGUCAUAGAGGUAGUGAUUGUGAGCACAACACUUUUUUCGUGCCGUUCUGUUUGGGGAUAUGCUUACAGCGAUGAAAAGGAAGUUGUGGAUUAUAUCAAGGGAAUGACUCCUCUGCUUUGUCUCUCGGUUAUCAUGGAUACCUCACAAGCUAUACUUUCUGGGGUUGCUAGAGGAAGCGGGUGGCAACAUAUAGGCGCUUUUGUCAAUCUUGGGGCAUAUUACUUGGUUGGAAUACCGGUGGCUGUUGUAUUGUGUUUUGUUCUACAUUUCAGAGGGAAGGGCCUCUGGAUUGGAAUAUUGACCGGUUCUACUGUACAAGCAAUAUUGCUUGCUUUCGUAACAGCCUUCACAAAUUGGCAAAAACAGGCUACCAAGGCGAGGGAGAGGAUAUUUCAGGGAACAAUAUCUGCAGAGAAUUGUUUAGCUUGAAUGAUGCACAUGCCAUAAUAGCAGACACAACAUUAAAUCCUUUAACAUUUUGGAAA